AUCAUGAAGAGAACCAUCUUUAUCAUCCUUACUAUGGCUGGAAUAUUCAGUGCUAUUUUCAACACAUCAGCAUGGUCAGUGAACAACUUUCUGAUGACAGGACCCAAGGCAUAUUUGACAUAUUCUACCAGUGUGGCUGCUGGUGCUCAACUUGGAAUGGAAGAAUGUAAGCACCAAUUUAACUGGGAGCACUGGAAUUGUCCAGAGAGUACACUUCAGCUCUCCACCCACAACAAACUUAGAAGAGCCACAAGAGAGACUUCUUUUGUUCAUGCUAUCAGCUCAGCUGGGGUAAUGUACACUCUCACCAGGAACUGCAGCAUGGGUGACUUUGAGAACUGUGGCUGUGAUGCUUCGAGAAAUGGACGUGCAGGUGGAAAAGGAUGGAUUUGGGGAGGCUGCACUGACAAUGUGGAAUUUGGUGAAAGAAUUUCCAAACACUUUGUGGAUGCUAUGGAGACAGGAAAAGAUAUCCGAGCUUUAAUUAAUUUGCACAACAAUGAGGCAGGGAGAAUGGCUGUAAAAACAACCAUGAAGAGGACUUGCAAGUGUCAUGGAGUAUCUGGGAGCUGCAGCCUUGAAACCUGCUGGCUUCAACUGGCAGAAUUUCGCGAAGUCGGAAAUUACCUGAAGGCCAGGUAUGAUCAGGCUCAGAAGCUGGAGCUGAACAAGAGUGGAAACAGAGAAGGAAACAGCGCAGAGAGCCGUGGGCCCGCAUCCCAGCCCUUCAGCACUGUGCCAACCACUGAACUUAUCUUCCUAGAGGACUCUCCCAACUACUGCAUCCGAAACCUCAGCUUGGGCCUGCAUGGUACGGAAGGCCGGGAGUGCCUGCAGAGCAGCCAGAAUGUGACUCAGCGGCAGAAGCCAAACUGUAAGCGGCUCUGUGGGGAGUGUGGGCUGAAAACUGAGCAGAAACAGACGACGGUCGUCACGAGCUGCAACUGCAAGUUCCAGUGGUGUUGCACGGUGAAAUGCGAACAGUGCAAACAGGUGGUCACCAAGCACUAUUGUUCCAAGCGAGAGAGAUCUUUUAACAAUACCAGGCGGCGGAACAGGGGACAUGGGAGAUAA